AGGGUGGUCGGACCGCUCACUCUGACGCGGCCAUGUGCUUCUUCUGCCCAGACACGCCGCCCGACAAGGUCCAGGCCCUGGGCAAGGGCGGCCUGGGCACCCGCGGCCAGGCCAACGAGCACAUGCUCGGCCACGCCAAUGACCCGCACCAGUUUGCGAUCGGCAUGAAGCACGUGUGCCAGGCGGAGCCGGGCUGCUGCAUCCUCUCGGGGAUCGGCGCGCCGUGCGGCCUCACCGCCUGCUGGGCGCGCAAGGCCGUGCUCGAAAAGUACGAGCAGAACGGGCUCGACGACUUUGUGUGCUUCCAGCGCUACAUCCCCAAGUGCUGCUGCAUCGACUUCACCAACCAGUGCCCGGGCGGCACCUGCGGCCUCAUCCUGGAGGGCUGCUGCUGCCCCAUCUUCUCGCUCUCCAUCGCGCGCAUCCACAUGAUGGACCGCAAGAACUUGCGGCCAGACCCGUGCGACUACCAGCUCAUCCACUGCUCGAACGCGCUCCAGUGCCUCUCGUGCAUAGUGAGCAUCGUCGCGAUCUUUGUGGAGGAGCUUGAGGAGAUCGCCCAGAUCAUCGACCUCAUCGCGGACCUGUUCACCUGCUCCGUCGCCGGCUGCAUGGGCGCGCAGGUGCACCACGAGAUCAAGAACGACGCCAACGGCAUCGUGUACGUCGACGUGGUCGAGGGAGUGCCGAUCAACGACACGCCAGGCUGCCGCCCGCUCGCCGCCCGUCGUCACUGCCUACGCGACGCGCGUCGAUGGCGCUCCGCUCUCGGACGAGAUGGCGCGCUGAGCGGGGCGGCGCGCCGAGGGCCCAGCGAGGCGCGAGCUGGACCACCAAGAGCAUGCGCGGGCGGCGGACCCCGCCACGAGCGGGCGGGGCCGCCUCGCCCGCCACGGGCGGAUUGAGCUGCGCCCGGCGAGAGACCGAGAGUAGGCGCCGGCGAGAGUAGACGGGCGAGAGAGGAGAGAGAGGGCAUCCGGGCCAAGGCGUCCCGGGGCGAGCUGCUGGAGUGGUCCUCGCUGUUGCGUUUCAAGACAUGGCCACUCCCUGCUAGCUGUGUUCAGCGAGAGAGAGAGGAUGACAAGAGUCGGAGAGGAGUCAGGAGGGGGAGAGAAAACAGCGAUAUGAAGAUGAAGUUGAGAGAGAGUUAAAGAGUCAGAGACCGAGAUUCCUUUACACGUAUUACACAAGAGCAACCACCAAUACCAAACAUGCAACUCUUUGCACUUUUCGUUAUAUUGGUUUGAACUCUUAUA